GCUCAUCAUUUCCAGGACGUGCGGAAGGAGCCGGUCGGAGGGUCGCGAUGCUCCGCGGGGGUCCCGCGUCCCGGUGACGCGCUGUGGCGCACAGCACCGCAAGACCUCCAGCAGAAGCGCGCAGAGACCGGCGGAAACCCGCAGAACCGGGAACCAACACCCUGCAGUACCCGGAGCCGCAGAACCGGGAGCCCGCAUUCCAGUCACGUCCUGGGGGGUUUCGGGGGCUUUCGGGGGGGGGGGCGCUUCUCCCCUCUCCUCCUUGGACACAGGGAGUGGACGUUCUCGCCGGAGGACGAGGGUCGCGUCCCACGGUCCUCAAACCGGUCCGUUUCUAUCUGGACUCGCCGAAUUCCAGCGUGGAGAGGCUCCUCUCGGAAGCUGCGCGACCCCACUGUCUCUUCUUCCACGCGGGGGAGGCGAUGUGAAGUUGGAGCCCAUUGAACCCACGCUGCGAAGUGCCUGACGGCCGUCGCUUGGGCAGCUCUGCCAGGAAGGAUGCUGUGGGUUACUCUUCUAAGCACAAUAGCUCUGGGAUGGACUACGCCGAUUCCUUUGCUGGAGGAUUCGGAGGAGAUCGACGAGCCUUGCUUCGACCCCUGCUACUGUGAAGUGAAAGAGAGCUUGUUCCACAUCCACUGCGACAGCAAGGGAUUUACAAACAUCAGCCAGAUCUCGCAGUCCUGGUCGAGGCCCUUCAAGCUGUAUCUGCAGAGGAACUCCAUGCGGAGGCUCUACUUCAACAGCUUCCUGCACCUGAACAACGCCGUGUCCAUCAACCUGGGCAACAACGCGCUGCAGGACAUCCACGCCGGCGCCUUCAACGGCCUCGGCAUCCUCAAGCGGCUGUACCUGCACGAGAACAAGCUGGAGGUGUUCCGCAACGACACCUUCCUGGGACUGGAGAGCUUAGAGUAUCUCCAGGCAGAUUACAAUGUCAUUAAGAGAAUCGAGAGCGGGGCCUUCCGGAACCUGAACAAACUGCGCGUUCUCAUUUUGAACGACAACUUGAUACCAGUGCUACCCAACUUUUUAUUCAGGUCUGUGUCUUUGACGCACUUGGACUUGCGCGGGAACCGGCUGAAGAACCUGCCUUACAAGGGCACGCUGGAGUACAUCGGUCGCAGUUUAAUGGAGAUCCAGCUGGAGGAGAACCCGUGGAACUGCGUGUGCGACAUUGUGCAGCUCAAAACGUGGCUCGAGCGCAUACCUUACACGGCGCUAGUGGGCGAGAUCACCUGCGAGCAUCCUUUCCACUUCCACGGGAAGGACCUGCGGGAGAUCAAGCGGAGCGAGCUGUGCCCGCUGCUCUCCGACGCCGAGGUGGAGGCCAGCCUGGGCAUCCCCCGGCUGCCCUUCGGCAACGACAACACGUGGCCCACGAAGCCGUCCUCCAUGCUCUCGUCCGUGCACAACACGGCGUCCUCCAUUAAGUAUCCGGAGAAACACACGAAGCCCACGAAACGGCCCCGGGUCCACAAAAUGCCGCCCACGCCGCGCAGCAUUUACCCGGGACCCAAUCAGCCGCCCAUCGCAGCCUACCAGACCAGGCCCCCCAUCCCCAUCAUCUGCCCCACUGGGUGCAUGUGCAAUCUGCACAUCAACGACUUGGGCUUGACAGUGAACUGCAAGGAGAAGGGAUUUCACAACAUUUCCGAGCUGCUGCCCCGACCACUCAACGCCAAAAAGCUUUACCUGAGCGGGAAUUUGAUACAGAAAAUCUACAGGUCGGACUUCUGGAACUUCUCCAGCUUGGAUUUACUGCACCUGGGCAACAACCGGAUUUCCUACGUGCAGGAAGGCGCCUUCAUCAAUCUUCCCAACUUGAAGAGUCUCUACCUGAACGGGAACGACAUCGAGAGGCUCACGCCGGGCAUGUUCCGAGGACUGCAGACCCUGAGCUACCUGUACUUCGAGUACAACGUGAUCAGGGAGAUCCAGCCGGCCGCCUUCAGCCUCAUGCCCAACCUGCAGUUGGUGUUCCUCAACGACAACCUGCUGCGCACGCUGCCCGUGGACGCGUUCGCCGGGACAUCGCUGUCCAGGCUUAACCUGCGCAACAACUACUUCCUGCACCUGCCCGUGAGAGGGGUGCUGGAGCACCUGCACUCCAUCGUGCAGAUCGACCUGCACCAGAACCCGUGGGACUGCUCCUGCGACAUCAUCCCGCUCAAGCAGUGGAUGGAGAAGCUGAGCUCCGUCAUCGUGGUCGGCGAGGUCAUCUGCAAGACCCCGGAGUUCGUCUUCGGGAAGGAUCUGCGCUCCCUCGACGCCGAGCUCAUUUGCCCCGAGCUCAAGUUCUCGGCACCUUCCCCGGGCGUCCCUGACGACAUGACGUCCACCAGUGACUCCGGCUUGGGUUACUCCCCAUCCAGGGCCAACGUGCCGCUGUCGGUGCUCAUCCUCAGCCUGCUCAUCCUCUUUAUCUCGGCCGUGUUUGUGGCCGCGGGGCUUUUCGCCUACGUCCUGAGGAGGCGCAAGAAGCUGCCCUUCAGGAAGCGCCACGAGGUGGACCUCACCGGCAUCCCCAUGCAGUGCGGCAUGUUCGAGUCCCAGCAGGCCGCCUCGCCGGAGAAGGCCCCGGGCCACGUGUACGACUACAUCCCGCACCCCGUGACUCAGAUGUGCAACAACCCCAUCUACAAGCCGCGCGAGGGCGAGCUCGAGGAGCAGUUCGCCGAGGCGAAGGAGAACAACUCCAACUACCGGACUCUGAUCGAGAAGGAGAAGGAGUGGACCAUGGCAGUGUCCAACUCGCAGCUCAACACCAUCGUCACCAUGAACCAGUCCGGGGACGUGGCGGCCUUCCACGAGAACGGAGGGCUCUGUCCCACGGUGAUAGACAGCCAGCGGCCGACGCCCACGGUGGGCUUCGUGGACUGCCUGUACGGCACGGUGCCCAAGCUGAAGGACAUGCACGUGGCGCACGCGCACCCGCCAGGAAUGCAAUACCCCGACCUGCAGCAGGACGCCAGGCUGAAGGAGACGCUGCUCUUCGGCGCAGGGAAAGGCUUUCCCGACCAAACCCAAAGCGAAUACCUCGAGUUAAGGGCCAAACUCCAAACGAAGCCGGAUUACCUCGAAGUGCUGGAGAAGUCCUACCGGUUCUGACCCCCGAGACACACCGUCCUUUCCGGAGCCCAAAAAGAGCAAGGGAAAAUAGCAGCAUGAUCAAAUAAACGUAUAUAAACCAUGUUUUUUUUUUCCCCAGUCGCUUUUGGAGGAAAGGCCAUACUCAGAUAUUCAAAUGAAGUGCCUUUUUCAGAGUAGCCAGCAAUGUUACCGAUCCUUAUUUUUGUACGGAACACAUUUGGCGUCCCGCAGGAGGCGCCGAGGGGCGAGGAGGCGGAGGAGGAGACGCGCGAGGCCCGGCGCCGUGGUGGCAGCAGCAGCGCGCGGUUUUUGUACAUUUGUUGCAGUUUGCCGCAUGCAUUCGACUGCAGGGGUGGGUAUCGCUCCAAAAACACUAUGAGUCACCUGUAGGAGAGACACGCCGAGUCUCCGCUUCGGUUUUAUAUGUGGCGAAGGACAGCAGAGCGUCUGUCUCUCCUGAGGAUCCACACUUUGUGAAUAUUAUAUUAUGACGCUCAAGAUUUUAUGGAGUUCAACGCACUUUCUUAAAAACAAGCUUCUGGAUAUUAUCACUAACGGCUUUGUAGGAAAAGCACUUUUAAUGUUUUCUCUCACAAAGAUUUGAAGAAAAAAUGUGCAUAUAUUUAUUCUGUUAUUUCAGUGAAAAUUUAAUUGUAAAGGUAAUGUUAAAUCAAUGUAUAGUGAUUAUGCGUCUGGUAUAGCCUUCUUAAUAAAAAGUAUUAAAUCAAAUAAAGGGUGCUAAAAUAUAAUAUUUGUGAGUAACAUGGAAAUAAUAUUACUAUGCCAGUGUAUCAUGGUAGGUAAAGUGCAGAAUAUGUGUCUCAUUUGCAGCUGCAGGAACGAGGAGCCCUUAAAGUCCCCGGUUCUCACUGACCUGCGGUGUCAUUUGUGUCCUUUACCUG